AUGUCUGCUCCUCCCAUCGCAUCGGAGACGGCCGCCGGGGCCGCCGCCCUGGACUUCAUGGCACUGAACAAGAAGUACACCGAGGAGAAGGAGAAGCGCGAACGGUCCGACGGCAAUGCCCAAUACGUUGAGAUGGAAUCGAACGCGCAAUUCAGCAAGCUCGCCGAAGACCCUUGGGUCGAUCACGAAAAGCUUAACGCGCAACAGUCCAAUCUCCAGGACGGCGACGAAGUCAAGGUCAUUGUGCUUGGUGCCGGCUACGGCGGUCUGCUAUUUGCCAUACGCUUCGUCCAAGCCGGUAUCAGAGCCGAGGACAUCCGUCUUGUGGAUGCCGCCGGUGGUUUCGGUGGCACAUGGUACUGGAACCGUUACCCCGGCCUCAUGUGUGAUGUCGAGAGCUACACCUAUAUGCCGCUUCUUGAGGAAACCGGGUACGUGCCAAAGCACAGGUACUCCUACGGUAACGAGCUGCUUUCCCACGCGAACCGAAUGGCGGAGACGUGGGGCCUGACCGACAGAGGUGUUUUUCGCUCCCAGAUCAAGAGCUACGAGUGGAACGAGGACGCGAAGCGGUGGAUGGUGGUCAUCGAGCAAUGUCGCGGCCCGAAUGAGGCACCCGUCACAAUGACGGUGCGGUCGCAGUUUGUCGUCCUUGCGAAUGGCGUUCUUAACCACCCCAAGGUGGCCAAGAACCUCGAGGCCUUUGAGGGUGAUAUGUUCCACACUGCUCGAUGGAAUUACGACAUCACUGGAGGAAACCCAGAGGACCUGGAGCAUGUGCAGCUGAUGGGACUAGAAGGAAAGCGAGUUGGUAUCAUCGGUACGGGCGCUACUGCUAUCCAGCUCGUCCCUCAGCUGGCCCGGUGGGCAAAAGAACUGUACGUCUUCCAGCGAACACCUUCAUCAGUAGACGAAAGAGGCCAGAGGCCUACGGAUCCAGAGGAGUGGAAGAAGAUCGCCAACGGAAAAGGCUGGCAGAAGCGCCGCGUCGAGAACUUCAACGUCUUCCUCGCUGGCGGCGAGGCGGAAGAGAACUUGGUUGCGGAUGGCUGGACCGGGUUAAAGGCAUACAAGGGCCUCAUAGGCACUCCUCAAGACAAGCCGCUCGGCCUGACAGACAUCCCUGGUCACAUUGGCGGCCUGCUUGCUCUAGACGCUCCAAGAUCUGAGCGGAUUCGGCGACGUGUAGACGGAAUCGUCAAAGACAAGGCAACCGCCGAGGCUCUUAAACCGUGGUAUCCUGCUUGGUGCAAGCGGCCGACGUUCCACGACGACUACCUCCCAGCAUUUAACCUCCCCAACGUCCAUCUCGUGGAUACAAAUGGUAAAGGAGUGGACCACGUCACUAAAAACUCACUCGUCGCCGGCGGCACGGACUACCCAUUGGACGUCAUCGUGCUGAGCACAGGCUACAGGCCUCCUGGAGCAGACAUGGCUGAGCCCUCAGGCCGUUCCAACAUGACCAUCAAGGGCCGCAACGGAACCUCAAUGUCCGAAAAGUGGUUUGGAAAGGGCCCAUCAACGCUCCACGGCGUACUCACCAACGGCUUCCCGAACCUCUUUCUCACCGGCCCGCUGCAGAUCGGCACUACAUCUAACUUUGCCUUUGUGCAGGACAUUCUAUCACAGCACUGCGCGUACAUUGUAGCCGAGGCGAUGAAACGAGGAGGCCGAAGCACUGACAAGGUCGUCAUCGAGGCCACUGUCGAGGGCGAGGAGGGCUACGCCGGACUGAUCAUGCAGUAUGCAGCUUGGUUCUCCAGCAUGAGCGUCUGUACGCCAAGUUACAUGAACAACGAAGGCCACAAGGCCCCUCCAGAACAGCAGAUGAAGUUGGCCAAGGGUGCGCCGUUCCCGCAUGGGAUGAAUGCUUAUAUCAAGUUCCUAGAGGACUGGCGUGCUGAAGGUUCCAUGAAGGGUGUGAACGUCACAGCAUAG